AUGGACUUCGACGAUAUCAAACUCGCCGCUCUCGACGAUCGAAGACAUGAAUGGAUCCAACUGGCUUCCAAAUCAGGGGCCGGAAUCUGCGAACUCGCGAAUCGCUAUCGACAACGGGAUGACUGUAUGCUACGUUCCAUGCAUUGCGGGUCUUUCAACUUCAGCUUCCGACUCAACUGGGACGAUAAUGGCGAGGACUGGUUGAUUCGAUUCCCACUCCCUGGCAAAUCCAUGUUUCUGGACGAGAAGGUUCGUAGGGAGACGUUCGUGAUGAAAUACAUCGCGAGGGAGACCACGGUUCCUGUGCCGCGCGUCAUCGUUCAUGGCACGAGUGACGAGAAUCCAACUGGCCUGGGUCCUUUUAUUAUAAUGACCUGGAUCGACGGCAAGAAGAUGUCGGACAUACUAAGACAAGACGAUCUCUCUGACAAGCAUGACGUUCUGGAUCCCGCUAUCGACCCAGAGACGCUCAAGAUCCUGUAUGGAGAAAUGGCAGAGGUACUGCUGCAGCUCUGGGGACUCGACUUCAGUAAGAUCGGCAGCAUCAGUGAAGACCACCUGGGGAAGACGAUUGUUGAUGGGCGACCCCUGACUCGGGAGCUGAACGAGUUGAUGCGGACAAGUGGAUUAAAAGACUGCACACCACAAAGAACCUUCCAUACAUCUAUCGACUACAUCGCAUCACUCUUGGAACUGCAGUCAACUCACCUCGAACAACAGCGCAAUAGUGUGUACGACUCCCAAGACUGCAGGGAGAAAUAUGCCUGCCGACAGUUGAUGAAGGCUAUCGCUCUGAACUUCACCCCCAAGGACGACUGCGGCUCCUUCAAGCUGUUUUGCGAUGAUCUAUGUCCUGGCAAUGUUCUUGUAGACGACUCACUGCGGAUUGUGGGCGUCUUGGACUGGGAAUUCACCUACGCGGCGCCUUCUCAAUUCGCAGCCAGCAUUCCGUGGUGGUUACUCUUGCGCCGGCCUCAUUCGCUAGUCAACGAAGACGGGCCCGAUGCCUUUUUGGAAUCCUUUCUCCCGAAAGCGAACAUAUUCUUGGAAGCACUGGAAGAGCGAGAACGGACUCAGGGCUUGAUUGAAUCAGAAGACCGCCUGUCAAGUCGAAUGCGCCGGUCGAUCGAAGACAGAUCCUCGUGGUUCACGUUGGCAUUGCACAUGGGAGCCUCUGUUGAUCUCAUAUAUUGGGAUCUACUCGAUGAAUAUUGCUGGGGCCCGAGAUCAAGCAUCGCACACCGGGUCCAUGAUGUAACCACAUCGCCAGAGAUGCACGAACCACGGGAGGAGUUCGUGCGCGAGAAAAUCCGGCAGCUUCAGGAAUACUACAAGGAGCUUGGGAGGGAUGAUGAGGUGGAAUAUGAGCCAGAGCUACCUCUCGAGCCGGCCCUUGAGAGUGGCCAUGCGCCACAGUCUCCGCAAGCAAGUAGUAUCGCAAACAGAGGGUUUCUGGAGGGAGCUCUUGUCGGAUUGACUGUUGGGUUGGCCUUUACGAUCUUUGUCAAGUGGUGUCGGUCGUAG